AUGAAGAUAAUAAAAAGCUUAAGAUUUGGGAGUAAUUCGCUAACUCCUAAGCUGCUGGCCAUUGCAGGGAUUAUGAUGGUGAUUAUUAUGUGCAUGAUGAUGUUUCCGUCGCCCAAGGAAAUUAAUAGCAAGAUCGAGACUCCAAACGAUGAGUUCCAAACAAGGACGUAUCUCAAUGCCUCCAAGGAAAUGAGAGAGGAAUUAAAAAUAAAGAGAGAAGACUUUGAGGGAUUCUACUUCACACUGAGGCUUAUAAAUCCCAUGCGGGAUCGGGUUGUAAUGAUAGUCAACGGAACAAAGAUUAAGACGAUAGUGAGCAGUAAAUAUAUAAUUCGCCUUGUGGAGACCAUUGACAACGAGGAAAAAUCGCCCUUCUACUUUAUAUUUCUGUCGUAUCUUAUUGGAUCGCUGUACUUUCCUGCAGGAACCAUCAACUUUAUUUCAAACUCCGAAGGAGUUUGGUACAAUGGUGUCUGCUACACAGGACAUCCGUCGAUUUUUAGAAGAAUAUGCCUGCUUUUAAUAAAAGACAUUAAGUAA